AUGGCGUCGCCGACUCGGCCCGGGCCGUACAUGCCGCGCCCACCGGCGGUGCCGGAGUGGCUGAACACCGGGGACAACGGAUGGCAGCUGGCGGCGGCGACCUUCGUCGGGCUCCAGUCGAUGCCGGGGCUCGUGGUGCUGUACGGCAGCAUCGUGAAGAAGAAGUGGGCCGUCAACUCCGCCUUCAUGGCACUGUACGCGUACGCGUCCACGCUCAUCGUGUGGGUGCUGGUCGGCUUCCGCAUGGCGUUCGGCGACCGGCUGCUCCCGUUCUGGGGGAAGGCCGGGCCGGCGGUGACGCAGGGCUUCCUCGUGGCGCGCGCGUCCGUCCCGUCCACGGCGCACUACGGCGAGGACGGCGUCCUGGAGUCGCCGCGCACGGAGCCGUUCUACCCGGAGGCGUCCAUGGUGCUGUUCCAGUUCGAGCUCGCCGCCAUCACGCUGGUGCUGCUCGCCGGGUCCCUCCUCGGGCGGAUGAACAUCAAGGCGUGGAUGGCGUUCACCCCGCUCUGGCUCCUCUUCUCCUACACCGUCUGCGCCUUCAGCCUCUGGGGCGGCGGCUUCCUCUACCAGUGGGGCGUCAUCGACUACUCCGGCGGUUACGUCAUCCACCUCUCCUCCGGCAUCGCCGGCUUCACCGCCGCCUACUGGGUGGGCCCGAGGCUGAAGAGCGACAGGGAGCGGUUCUCGCCGAACAACAUCCUGCUCAUGAUCGCCGGCGGCGGGCUGCUGUGGCUGGGCUGGGCAGGGUUCAACGGCGGCGCGCCGUACGCCCCGAACAUCACCGCGUCCGUCGCCGUGCUCAACACCAACGUCAGCGCCGCGGCCAGCCUCCUCACCUGGACAUGCCUCGACGUCAUCUUCUUCGGCAAGCCCUCCGUCAUCGGCGCCGUGCAGGGCAUGAUGACCGGUCUCGUCUGCAUCACUCCCGGCGCAGGUCUGGUGCACACGUGGGCGGCCAUACUGAUGGGCAUCUGCGGCGGCAGCUUGCCGUGGUUCACCAUGAUGAUCCUCCACAAGAGAUCGUCGCUCCUCCAGAAGGUCGACGACACCCUCGCCGUCUUCCACACCCACGCCGUCGCGGGGCUCCUCGGGGGCCUCCUCACGGGCCUGCUCGCCACGGCGGAACUCACCGCCGUCCACACCCACAUCCCGGGCUCGCGGGGCGCCUUCUACGGGGGCGGCAUCGCCCAGGUGGGGAAGCAGAUCGCCGGCGCGCUCUUCGUCGUCGUCUGGAACGUCGUCGCCACCACCGUCAUCCUGCUCGUGGUCGGCCUCGUCAUCCCGCUCCGCAUGCCCGACGAGCAGCUCAAGAUCGGCGACGACGCGGCGCACGGGGAGGAGGCCUACGCGCUCUGGGGGGACGGCGAGAGGUUCGACGUGACGCGCCAUGAGACGAUAAGGGGCACCGCGGUCGUGGACGAGCCGAUGGAUCAUCGGCUGGCCGGAAUGGGAGCGAGAGGAGUCACGAUUCAGUUGUAGGGGUGAAUGGUGACAGAGUGAGCAUUUUUGUUGCAGGCUUGCCGCCCUGCAGCUAAACUGGACACUGACCGCACACGUUGAUCUUGCUAGCUGCAACAAGCUAGAUGGAGCACAGUAAAACACACGCUGCUUUUUUUUUUUCUGGAGUAAAUCAGGAUUCAUUUGUGAGUAAAUCAAGAUUCAUUUAUGGGUAGUGGCAGGGCUGAUGGUUUGACUUUUUUAUUAAAAA